AUGGAGGAUAACGUAGGCGUCAAUGGUUACAUGGGGUCUGGACUGAGCGGGGAUGGGAGCGACACCGAGUCAUCCGGUAAGAAGAAGGUUUCUUUCGCUGAGGACGAUGUCAUUAUGCCAAAAGCGAAUUCCUUGCAGGGAAACGGAAAAAAGACACUUUGCGAGAGAUGUAAAGGACUUGGCUUGCGAAUCGAGAAAUUUCUUGUUCAACGCAAUGUUGAGCUAGCAAGGCGAGGUUCUCACGUCUUUAAUCAAAGUUCCAAAAAGCUGGGCGAAGCCGACCUAAACUCAGGAUCUGGGAAGCGAAAGUUGGGCCUUUUGCAAGACAUCAUCUCGACCAGCGACUCCUGCCCCUUUUGCUGGCUUAUUGUAAAGUCCAUCGAGACCAAGAAGGAUCCAGACCGCCGGCUUCGUGAAAGUGCUUCUUGUUAUAUGAAUUGGGAAAUUGAUGGGCGCGAGCGGACGCAAGGUAUCAUGAGACCGCGCACCCGUCGUAUCCAUAUCACCUGGGAUAAAUCCGAACUUGAAAACUGGGACGCGCAUUUCGUGUUCUAUGUUGGACCAUCGAACCUCCCACAUUCAGACGCGAGGGAGAACUUCGUCAACGAGGUCCUAUUCCUUGGCCGUCCAAUAGAGUCCUCCAGUGACAAGAAGGCACUCAUGCGAAGCUGGCUUGACCUUUGCUGCGAAACCCACGAGGGAUACUGUAGGCUUCCGAUGAAGUGCACUAGUGACUUUGGCGACAUGAUUCAGAGCUCCUUCUUUGGAGUCAUUGACGUGGUGACGAUGACCUUGACCUCUCUUCCUCACCGAAGACUGGGGGCGGACGAACUUCCCACAGAUGACCCUUAUCACCCUGUCUAUUUUGCAAGUGAUGGGUCAAAAAUCGCCUACGAGCCAUACCUAGCUUUAAGCUAUGCUUGGGGCCCACAAUCCGACAGAGGAGCUUAUAUGACAGAGUUGGGAAAUGUGCUGCUACAUCGCCGACCAGGGGGGCUGGAGAAGCACGUCGACGACUUUCCCCAGGUGACGCGGGAUGCAAUCAGCCUUGUACAACGCCUUGGUCUACGCUACCUGUGGGUGGAUCAUUUGUGCGUUGUUCAAAAGACUCGUUCAUUCAAACUCAAUUGCGACUACAUGGAUUCCAUCUACGGUCACGCUAUAGCCACAAUAUGCGCAGCUGACGGGGAAGACAGCUCAGUUGGCUUGAAAGCUAUGCACCCUGAGCUAGGACGAGAAAAGCAAAUCAAAGAACAAUGCGAGGACGUACUUCUGAUGAUAUCCCACCCACCAGAAACGAGAAUCCGAAACUCUGUUUGGAAUAGUCGAGCUUGGACUUUUCAAGAGCGUUUACUGUCACGACGUUGUCUAGUUUUCUCUGAAGGCCGCGUAUAUUUUCAGUGUCGGUCCACAGGCAUGUCGGAAGACAUUUUCGCGGAUCAACUGGGCGCUGGCUGGUCGUUAGAUUUGGUAGAUGCGCCAUCGAGGAUCCUCCCCGAGAUCCACCGACGUGCGGUUUGGUUCUAUCUCAGAAGCGUACGUCUUUAUACUGCCAGGAAGAUUACACGAGAUGGGGACAUUUUGGCUGCAUACAAAGGAAUCUCCAAUCUCAUGGAAGCUACCCUACAGGCACCGUUUAUCUUCGGUCUCCCAAGUUCACAUUUUGACCUUGCUCUUCUUUGGGAGAUAGGGGGCUCAGUCGAACUUCGCGUUGAUAACAACUUUGCUGUUGAGGGAGACACAAAAUUUCCAACUUGGUCCUGGUGUGGUUGGAAAUCGGCUACCAUGGAUUACUACCCAGGAAUGGUUGGGGAUUGUGUCGCGAACUUGAAUGAGUGGCUCUUGAACCACACCUGGAUCUCUUGGUAUAUAAGAGAUGGCCGUGGGAAUCUUAGGCCAAUAUGGCCAGGUCAGGAUUCUCUCGUGGACGAAAGCACUGAAGAGCGAUGGAGAGGCUAUGGUGCGACUACUUAUGCAGCGGAUGUGGACGAACACAGAGAACCAAUACUUAUCCAUGACCACGGAAGAGCGCUGCCCCCACCACCACCACCACCACCACCACGACGUUACCCUUCUAGAAGUGAUGAGACAUUCGGUUCUCUUGACCGCACCCGCGAGGUUCGAGAGUAUCAUAGUACAAGUCACGGUGGGAGGACUCGAAGCCGCCGAUAUGAUGAUGACACAGAAACCCGUGGCCCAAAUAUUACUCGGGGUGAUAAUCGGGAAAACGACUCUGUUUACUCCGAUGGUCGAGGAAAAAGUGGAAGCCGCCUCUACCCUACCCCAACUAGCAUCUAUUCCACCCCAACUGGCGUCUACCCUACUCCGGGUCGUCGAGAGCAGCCUCGAACGGAUGAAUUCGCAGAUCGCGAUCGACUUCCCUCUACCCGCGAGCCCGCGUAUCGAAUUGGGGUUCUCCGGGACCGGUACAACGGCAUCCGAGAUCAAGAUCGGGAAUAUGACGUUCGAGGUCAUGAAGGCGAUCUUCAACAUCAAGAAGAUUCAUUUCAGGCAACCCUGCCACUCGAAUCUGGCCGACGGAAAGGCUAUUUCAUCGACGAAUAUGGCCGCCGUCUUCCAGCAACAUACAUAGCACUCAGAAAGCCAUUUCGUAAAACCCUGCCUGAAAACCCCUAUCGCGUCCUCGAGAGCGUUGGUGGUCCGAAUCCCGAGUUCCCGGAUCAACCAAUAUUGCAGUUUUGGACUUGGCAAGCCUCCCUUUACGUCAUUCCCAUGGACGAAGGAAAAGUGGAUAAUUCACUGCCCGGGGACCUUCAACGUUGCAAUAUUGCUGAUGAUAACGGGGAUUGGUGCGGAACGAUCGUCCUUGGGCAACAGCAGGUGAAGGAAUUCAUCCAGGCGAGGCACGAGUUUAUUGCAAUAUCUGAAGCCAAGUCGUUCACGAAUGAGGAAUGCGAGACCUGGACAUAUUAUGUCCCCAAAGAGAGGGAAGAUUCUGAAUGGGAUCUGUUAUACGUUCUGCUCCUGAAACUUGGGAACCGAGGAUGGCAAAGGGUCGGCUUGGGCAAGGUCUUUAGGGCAGCCUUCUCGAUGGCUCGCUGGCGCGAGAUUAUCCUUGAAUAG